AUGGCUGUGCUACCGGAAAGACGCCAUCUUGCCAAUAAGCCCAUGUUGUCCUCUCUGUCUCUCUCUCUGUCUCUCUCCACCUCUCUCUCUCUUUCACUCUCUUUCCUUCCCCAACUAACCAAAUACAAACUGAAUUUUACAUUUAAAAUUCGUAAUUCUGACGUUUCCUUCUUUCUUUCUUUUUUAUUUCUUUCCUUUUUUCUUUUCAUCUAUCACUUACGACUCAGUCACUUUUUUGGUUCUUUAUUUUUUUUUUCGAUAUUUACCCCCUGCAAAAUUUUCUUCUUUUCAAACCUGCUUUCAUCAUUAUACAGUACUUUUUUCCUCAGUUUCUUUGUUUCUUUCCCUUUGUUUGUUUGUUUGUUUCUCUCUUUGUUUCUUUCUUUAUUUAUUUAUUUAUUUCCUUUCACUUUCUUUCUUUCCUUUUUCUUUCUUUCUUUCUUUCUUUCUUUCUUUCUUUCUUUCUUUCUUUCUUUCUUUCUUGUGACGUUCAUCAUGAACCCAUUGAAUUGUAAUUUAUUUUUAUAUUUUAUGCCUUCUUUCUUUAUUUCCUUUCUCUUUCUUUGCCUUUUCUUUCCCCUUUUCUCUUUCUUUCUUUCUUUCUUUAUCUUCUUUUCUUUCUUUCUUUCUUGUGAUGUCCAUCAUUAA